AUGGCUCGUCUUCUGCGUGCCCUUCCCCUGUUGCGGAAACUCGCUGUACAGAGGGGGAGAGGGUUAAAUCUUGAUUCUUCCCUGAUCAACUUCAACCACUUUGAAGGAAGCUCUGGUACAUUGAGUAUUAUGUACCCUGGGAUGGUUGGCAGCUGCAAAAUAAUCGUAAAACUGUUUAAAAUGCAGCAAGACAAUGGCAAUAACCUUGUUCUUAAUAUUUUGGCCUUGCAUAUCAUAAUUGAUUUGAUUGCAGAAUCGCUGCAUUACGAGCAGAAAAGCGUAGAGGAGAUUGGUCAAUGCGUCCAUACUCAUUUGAAAGAAGUUGAACUCAGUGGAUUUUCUGGCACCUGGAGUCACAUGGAGUGUGCCAUAUAUUUAUUGAGAAAUGCUGUUGCACUCAAUCAGAUGGUUAUUGACCCAUGGUACUAUACUGGACUCGAUUUGAGUGUUGGCCCAUACAGACAUAGAUGGGCUGAAGGGGUAUGGAAGAAUAUUUAUCAUCAGCUGCUAGGAUAUGAUUACUCCAAUGCAAACGUGGUUGUCCGAUACAAUCAACGAACCCAACCCAACCCAACGCUUCUGAUGAAUAGUAAUGUUUAG